GGGAAACCGACAGCCUCUAUGUUCGACCGCAAUUUUCUUCACGCCGUCCUCAUUGAACGUAUCCUGCAUUGUGAAUUCGACUCGGGUCGUUUUGCCGGAUUUUAUAGGAGGUGUAUUUACAAGCACGUGGCAUGUAGUAUAUACAGUAUGUAGUAGCAGAGUUCCGAUAAAUCCAACACUUGCAUAAGACUUUAAGGUUAACUACAUAGAAAUAAGUUGUGAUAUUAUAAGCAUUAUUAAUUGUUGUAGAAUCUACAUUAAAUUAACAAUACAUUGCAUGUGUAUUAAAUUAAUAUAAUAUGAGACGAUAUUUAAUUAAAUUUUCAUAUAUUGGCACAAAGUACAGAGGAAUGCAAAAAAAUAUAAUUCCAUCAGCAAAGGUACGAAUAAAUGAUACUGAGACUAUUCAAGGAGCUAUAGAGGGUGCUUUUUUGAGAUUAGUUCCACAAGUUUUAAGUUGGCCUACAUUAACUUGCAGUAGUAGGACAGACGCUGGUGUACAUGGACUCUGUAAUAUAGCUCACAUUGAUAUAGAAAACAAAUAUGAUAGUAUUUAUAAUCCCCAAGAGUCACUUAAACAUUUAAAUAGGCAUUUGAUUCUGUGUGACCAUGAUAUAAGGAUAUUGGACUUGAUUCCAGUAAAAGAUACUUUUCAUGUAAAACACUGUGCAAAUUCUAGAACUUACCUUUAUAGAAUUCUAAAAGCAAAGGAUGUAAAAUAUCAUAAAGUUCCUAUAAUAGAAAUGGAACGUUGCUUUCAUUUUAGAUCAGAAACUUUUGAUCCUGAAAAAAUAAGCCUUGCAACACAACUUUUUAUGGGAUUAAAAGAUUUCAGAACAUUUUGUUCAAACCGUAAAUCAAAUGCUCCAGUUAGGUAUGUAAGGAGUCUGGAUAGUUUAACCUUUGAAAAAGGUUCUCCACUUAUGCCAUAUGAUCCUUUCUCUGAAAAUUUUGAUUUCUGGGAUUUUAAAUGUACAUCCAAAGGUUUUUUAUACAAACAGGUUAGAAAAAUUGUAACUGCUUUACUUGCUUUAGGAAUAGGUAAAAUAACAGAAAAAGAUAUAACUGUAAUGUUACAAGUUCCUGGACACAAGAAUUAUAUGACUUCUUUGGGACUAGUUCCACCGCAUGGUUUAUAUCUCUUGAAUGUUGGGUAUAACCAAGACUACUUGAAUGAACAUAUUAUAAAGUAUAGAAUAUCCGAUGAUGGUAUAGUGGUACCAUUAAAUGAAGAUUGAAUAUAAUGUACAUUUAAGAAUACAUAUAAAUGUCACCAAAUAA